UGAAUCUGUAUGAAGCUCCUGUACUAAGUAGCUAGACUGUCAACACACUGCUCAACCAGCAAUCAAAAAUGGCUUUUCCGAGCUUUUUAUGAGAUAUUGUGGUUAUUUAGUUACAUAGUUAUACUGUGUCACUGUGUAGGAGCGCACCAUAAAAAUAAAUUGAAUUGAAUUGAAUUAUUGCUCUUGAGAAGGUACAGAGCACAAGAGAUAUCAGCCAAACAGGACAGAGCACAAACAAGAAGGAGUUAAUGAGAGGCCACAGCCAGUAAGUAGGAAGUAAGCCAAAGUAAACGGGAUAUUAAUGAAACAGAGCAAGGAAACAUCCGCAAACCCCUCACUUCCCCCUUUUUGGUUUUGGUGUCCUGAGAUUCAAAGACUCAAACUACAAGUAAACACCGGUGAUGAGGUAAUGACACUGAAACCAGCACAGCUGCAGUUCAUGUCCGUGUUCCCUGCUGUGGCGUCAGCGGUUUUUGCCAUGAGACUUGUUUGCGAUAGAGAUCCUGCAGAACAAGUUUCAAACUGAUAGGAAUGAUCAACAUGGGAGCGGUGAGGACAUGAAGGGAGUUCAAGACCAGCUGCUGGAAGACCAGCAUCGCCGGUGGUGGAGAGUUACUGAGUGCUGUGGAAUUGACUGAGCUUCCAGCUGUUGUUUACAUGACUGUCAUGUUUGCUGUCCCCUUUCCUUCGCUGGUGGUUAAGGCUCCGUCGAUUUCCUUCCACUUUCUCCCGCGGUUUGUUUUGAUUUUUGUCCUGUGCUCCCUCCACAAAGUACACAGAUCUGUGUGAAUGAGGACGGAGUACCAGGGGUACAGUGACUGAAAACGGACACCGGAGAGCGAGAUCUGCUUGGGUGCAAAUAAACAAGGCAAGAAAAACUGGAUUAUUCAGUCACAGGCUGCAGAAAAGCUUCAUCCCAAGGUGGUGACCGUCAAUUCUUUGUAACACAGCGUUCAGAGGUGUACAGUGACCGUCUUAACUCCGUAGAUUGAUCAUCUUAAGUGUCUGGCUGGACGUGGCAGUCAGCAUGGCUGCCAGGAGGAUAGUCCCAGAACCCCUGGCAGCGCUGUCGCGCUGGUACCUGUACGCCAUCCAUGGCUACUUCUGCGAGGUGAUGUUUACUGCAGCUUGGGAGUUUGUAAUUCACUGCAACUGGAAGUUCCCCGGUGUGACCAGCGUGUGGGCGCUGUUAAUCUACGGCACAAGCAUCCUGGUCAUUGAGCGUAUGUACCUACGGUUGAGUGGGUGCUGCCCCAUGCUGCUGCGCUGCCUGAUCUACACACUCUGGACCUACCUGUGGGAGUUUGGCACUGGGCUGUUGCUGCGCCAGUUUAACGCCUGUCCCUGGGACUAUUCCCAAUUCCGUUACAACUUCAUGGGCCUCAUCACAGCUGAGUAUGCCUUGCCCUGGUUCUGCGCUUCCUUCAUUGUGGAGCGGCUGAUCAUCUGCAACACGCUGCGGCUGCGGUUCGACAAAGUAACAGACCCAGCUGCUGUGAGCAGGGCCCCAAAUGCACCAGAAGGAAGAAGAGCCAAUGGCUAUGUCAAGGUAGAUUGAAAAGCUGUGGAAACCAUCGUUCUACACAAUGUCGCACUCACUUCACAGGCUUGGACAGCACGAAGCCAUAUCCUCAGAGCUGCGGCUAUUCAAAACCUGUAAAACUUUUCGAGGGGGAACUCUUUCAACUUAUGUGUGAUGGUCCAAUGUCCAUUGACUUCAUAAUGCUUUGUGUAGAGCAGAUGCAACAAAACAUGAUUGCUGGUACAGUGCCUUUUCCGACUAACUCUGUAGCCAUUAAUGUCGGCAGUUACAUUUAUUCCAAGUUUAGCUAAAACAAUUUUAUAAAUGUAUUCAUAUUUCUAAUCAAUAUGCAAGCCUUUAAGGUUUAAAAUGUAUUCUGUUCAAAAGUGUUGACCCCCACUAAGCAAAUCAAUAUGUCAUUAAGCCAUAUUAAUGAUAAUCAGCAUCAUUGAGUAGCUCUUAGCGUAUGUCUGCUAAACUUAAAAUGCUGUUAAAUUAACACCUGAAUAUUUUGCAUUACAUUUUUAGGAAAGUCAAAAUAUGAAUAAAUUACUUUUUCUUUAAUUACCACACCAAAACUCAGCUUAGAUAAGCUGAAAUUAAUUUUUUUUGCUAGAACAUGUUCUUACAUAACAACUGUAUGUGAGAUUCAUUCCCAAGAACAGCUUCUUAAGGAUGUGCAUGGAUUAUGAAGUUGACUGUAGCCAUUUGUUUGAACGUUUAAGUACUGUAUCCUCUAUACUUGAAUCUUUUUGUCAUUGUCAUAAAUCUUGAGAGGUGAGGUAAAAUUACCUUUUAACAUGCCACAUAAUUCUCCCUCUAACCCAAUCAUACGGUAUGAAUUCUACGCGAGCUGGUGGACAGUGGUAGCUGAGCAGAGGGUGUGGUUACUGUGAUAGACAGCCUUUCCCAGUACCUGCCCCUCUCAGUCCUUAGAAUAAUGAAGGCCAGCUGCUGCAAAUGGAAUGAAAUGAUGAAAGACUUUAAAGCAGCUGCCCUGAAGGCUUCAAGAGAGGAGUGUUUGGGUGGGGUUCUCUUGUCUUGAUUUUGACCUGUGUUUGUAAAUAAAGCUGUUUUGUUGUA